GCAGCAGCAGCAGCAGAACAACAACAACAACAACAACAACAACAACAACAACAACGCUAUGGCAGCGCUCUCUAUUGCAGGUUGUUGAGCGUUCGACAGGUGGCAGACAUCAACUGGACGACGACACAGUGGUGGUGUAACAUCCAACAGUAGAGCCACCUGAAGUCUCUCAACGUUGAAAAUGGCAACGCGUUGGGGAAUAUGCAGUGCAGGAAGAAUUAGUCACGACUUCUCGGUUGCCUUACGGACCCUGACUCCUGAGGAUCAUGAGAUAGUGGCUGUUGCAGCCAGGAACCUGCAGCAUGCUGAAGAAUUUGCCAAAAAGCACAACAUCCCUCGAUCAUAUGGAAGUUAUGAUGACUUGGCAAAAGAUCCAGACAUUGAUGUGAUAUAUGUUGGCACCAUCCACCCUUACCACCUUAGUACUGGCAAGCUCUUCAUAAAGUCUAAAAAGCAUGUGUUGAUUGAGAAGCCCCUAGCCAUGAAUUCAAGGGAGGUGCAGGAACUCAUCACUGCAGCUCGAGACAACACUGUCUUUCUAAUGGAGGCAGUUUGGACACGUUUUUUUCCCGCAUCCCUGGAGAUGAGAAGACUGCUGCACCAAGGAGAGGUAGGUGAUGUUCAGAUGGUGAGGGCUGAACUGGGGCAUCGGUACUCUCAUGUCCCCCGCGUGACUGAGAGGAAGCUAGGAGGGGGUGCAGUGUUGACCCUGGGCGUCUACUGUCUGCAGUUAAUCUUCAUGGUCUUUAAUGGCGAGAGGCCUGAGUCCAUCCAAGCCACAGGGCAAUUCAUAGACACAGGCGUUGAUGGGACUACAGUUUUGGUCCUGAAGUUUGCAGGGAACAGACUUGCCAUCUGCACUUUUUCCAUCACCAUGAUGCUGACCUCCGAUGUGGUUAUCAUUGGGACCAAAGGCACCAUUAAGGUACCCCAACCUAUGUGGUGUCCUACAACGUUGGAGGUGAAUGGGAAGGAGAUGCAAUUUCCCCUGCCAGAGCCUGGCAUGCCAUUAAACAACAUUAACAGUACAGGUCUACGAUAUGAGGCUGAGGAGGUUCGCCACUGUCUGCUCAAAGGACUAAAGGAGAGUCCAGAGAUGCCAUGGUCUCACUCCAGCCUAAUAGCAGAAGUUGUAGAUGAGGCCAGAAGACAACUGGGGGUGACAUAUGACCAGGACAACAUCCAGUGAUGUGUGAGCAAAAUGAUGGAAUGUGCCCUAGUGAAAUCAGACCACAUUUUUUGGUGUGUGUGUGUGUGCGUGUGGGUUUGUUUUACCAAAAACUGGGAGCCCACUAUAUUUGUGAGCUUCUUGGGGACCAAAAUUCUAGACCCAACAAGUUUAAAGGGCUGUUUGAGGGUUAAGACUUGGUUUAAAGGUUAGGGUUAUUAAGGGUUGGACAUUUAGUUGUGAUGGUUAAGGUUAGGGUAAGCGGGUAAGUUGUGUGUGUCUGUGUGUUUGUGUGUAAUAACAUUAACAGUGGUUGUUGGAGUCAAAUAUAAUGGCUAGUGGGGUAGGCUUAGUGUGUUUGAGACCCAUAGAUGAGGCAGGAAUCCAAGGUUCAAGAAUGCAAAAGAAUGCAUUGCUGUUUAAUUUCAUUUUCAUCUCUUUGGAGGUUUCUUUUUAAUGUGUGUGGUUUAUGUUCU